AGGCCAAGCCCAGGCCGUUUGCCUCCUUGGUUCCUGAUCCUGGUCUAGCUGCGUUGGACAAGGACAAAGCAGCUGCAUCUUAAUCUGUGCCCGUUAGUCUUGUUUUUUAACUUUCCAUACAAGAGCCGUUUGCUGCCCUCCAUCAUUUGCUUGGUGCUUUGUUAUGUCCAUUAGUACUGGUACUUACAUACACCUCUUAUUGUUCUCACUUACUGUGCAAAAUUCAUUCAUCGUAUUCUCGUCAAUCUCAAACUUUGCGCGGUUUUCCCUCCCAAGAUCCAUACAUCUCAAAUCUCCUCGACUUCCGGCGCUACUGGCUGGAGCUCCCUGCUUGGCACCAUGUCAUACUGAUGGCAUCGAGAUCCGGUUCAGCGCUGAUCCCUCGUUCGGCCUUGUUUGCCGCUUUUUGCACACUCUCGGGAUUGCACCCCAUGCAAGGACCCGUGGCUUUUGUCCCGCCCAUCAACGUGGAUGCACAGCCAUUGAAUUUCCCAUUGAUCCAUCAAAAUGCUGCUGCUACCUAGACUGCGACUCCGUACUAACAAAGGAUCUUAGUAGUAGUAUUACCAAUUGAACCCCCAUCAAAUCAGCUGUGUAGCUCGCACGGCACCCGAGGAGAUAGCGCUGAUCCUUCUGAAACCCGCCAAUGCAGCGUGUAAGCCUCUGGACCUGCGUUGUAUGUCUCUCUCGUCCUAUCAAGCUGAGGCUCUGUAGAGUGUCUUGGACGCGCAGCUUCGCCGGAUGCAUGAACCGGG